UUCGUGGAGCACGGGCGUUUGUCCUUUCCGGAGUUCAAGACUUGGUUAGAACACCAUCCCGGAAUUCUUUCCAUGUUCACCGCCUGUCUCCACGAAGAGGUCUGGGGGCUGCAGGGCAACGCCCUCUACAGGUCUUCAGCCAACAGGGGGAGCAAAGGCAUACUGAAGACAGGCUCUGGAGAGUUCAAAGACGCAAAAGGGAUGAGGAAUGCAGAAAUCAGACAAGACCAAUUUCAGAAGGUCCGGCGUCUCUUCACGGGGCACCACGGAGGAGUGUCUCUCCAGUCGCGCAUUUUGUCUCCUGCAAACAGAGACACGGGCUUCGUUCGUCAGAGGCCCUCAUUUGCUGCGCUGGGGGCCCCCCUAGCAGCAGCAGCAGCUGCUGCUGCUGCUGCGCCCACUGCAGCAGCGCUGCCGAGUUCUGCGGGCACUGCAACUCCUCAGGCGGAUCCAGCUGCUGCUGCUGCUGGAGUCCCGACACCUGCUGCUGCUGGGUCGCUGAAAGCCGCAGCUGCCGCCGCAGCAGCAGCAGCAGCCGCAGCGGGGGUGGCGGCAGCAACAGCAGCCGCACUGUCUCCAGCUAAAAGUCUUGUAGAUGAAGCUCAGUCACAGCAGCAGCAGCAACAGCAGCAAGAAGCAGCAGCAGCAGCAACAGCGGCGACUGCUGCUGCUGCAGUCCAGCAGAUCGCCGUCGCACCCGCCUCUGGCAAGCAGGCGGAGCCACCUCAAGCAGCAGCAGCAGCAGCAGCAGCAGCAGCCGGCACGCCUGCCCAAGUGCAGCAGCAGAAGGCCGCCGAGGGAACGAACUCCUCAGGAGCGGCACCAGCUGCUGCUGCAGCAACUACCUCAGCAGCAGCAGCAGCAGCAGCAGCAGCAGCAGCUGCAGCACCUGGAGGGCCUCAGAUUAUUUCUCUCCCUUCUGUUUCUCGUGCUGCUGCACCCGGGGCUAAGAUGGGCGAGCGCAGCUGCCUUGCUGCUGUCCCUGCAGCAGCAGCAGCAGCAGCAGGAGCGCCCGGAGCUGCCACAACGCCUGCUGCACUGACACCGCCAGGAGCAGCAGCACUGACGCCUGCGUCGGCAGCAGAGACGGCUGCGGACAGCAGCAGCAGCGGCAGCAGCAGCAGCAGCAGCAGACAUUCCCGCGCGCCUGCUGCUAAGGGCUGCGACUUCGACAGAUCUCUGCGGCCGGAUCUGGACGUGCAUUUGCUGCUGAAGGGGCAGCCGACGCCGCUGCACCCUCGGCAGCAGCACCAGCAGCAGCAGCAGCAGCUGCUGCUGAAGCAGCAGCAGCAGCAGCUGCUGCUGCAGCAAGGGGACGGCGAGGUGGAGAGCCCCGCAUAUGUCUCCGACUGUGGGGCCGAGCUGGGGGCCCUUUCUUCUGUUGCUUCUUUGUCGGGGACUUUGGGGUCUCUAAUUCGGGAGCAUGCAGCAAAGGAAGCGAGCGCAGCAGCAGCAGCAGCAGCAGCAGCAGCAGGCGAGCAGGACCUGCAUUCGUGUCCCAACUGCCACCGGCCGCUGCUGCUGUGUCCGUACUGCCUCGGCAGGUCGCUGCAGCUCAAUUUGCUUCAGGGGAAGGUGGUGAUUCAGUGCAGCAACUGCUGCAGCCAGGCGGAGGCAGCAGCAGCAGCAGCGGCAGCAGCAGCAGCAGCCGCGACGACAGCAGCAUCCCUGCCGCCGGCGGGGGCGGCCCCUGCGGACGCUGCAGCGGCGGCUGCCGCUGCAGCAGCAGCAGCGUCUGCUGCUGCCGAGGGGUCCCUGCCGGACGCUGCAGAAACCGCAGCAGCAGCAGCAGCAGCAGCAGCAGCAGCGGAGUCCCCCUGCGCUGCUGCGAGCGGCCCGAGCGCCUGCGGCAGCACGGCGCCGCCGCCGACGCCGCCGUGCGCGCCGCCCGCAGCAGCCAGCAGCAGCAGCAGCAGCAGCAGCAGCAGCAGCAGCAGCAGCAGGCGGGGGGUCUAUACGCACUGCUGGGAGUGCAACUGGGACUUCAGCCGCAGCGUGGAACUUCUUGCUGCUGGCGAAGCAGCACUGGAUGGCAUUUUGCUGAAAAAGGGAAAACAUUUGCACCAGUGGCAGGCCAGGUUUUAUGUCCUCAUCGACAACAUGCUUUACUACUACAAGAAAAAGGGGGACGCGAAGCCGCGGGGGUUUAUGUUUUUGGAGGGCUGCUUCGUGGAGACUGUCUCCGAAGCAAAUGCGCUGCGGCCCUACGGCAUUGCCAUUGUCCACCCCAGAGGAGACACUGUGGCCCGCAGGAUCUUGUACGCCCAGUCGGCCAAGGAGCAGCAAGAGUGGGUGGAUGCGCUGCGGGCCUCAACUCGGCAGCAGUCCCUCGAGCAUGUUUAUGAGAUCCACGAGCAGCUGGGCCAAGGGAAGUUCAGCGUGGUGUACCGGGGAGUGCACAAAAAGACGAAAGAACAAGUGGCAAUAAAAGUAAUUGAAAAAGGAAAAAUAAAUCGCCACGAAAGAGAACUUCUCCGCAGCGAAAUGGUCAUUCUCAGGCUCCUCAACCACCCCAACGUCAUCCGCCUCAAGGAGAUGGUGGACACAAAGGAGACACUUUACAUCGUCAUGGAGUUGGUCCGCGGCGGAGAACUUUUCGACUUAAUCCAUGCCAACCACCACCUCCCAGAAGUCCACGUCAACAGGAUCGUGUCGCAGCUGCUGUCGACGGUGUACUACCUGCACAAGUGCGGGAUAAUCCACAGAGACUUGAAACCCGAAAACAUUUUACUUUCCGACAAAACUGAAAAUGCAAUUAUCAAGUUGGCGGACUUCGGACUCUCCACGCUCUGCGGGCCCAACGAAGUCCUCCACCAGCCCUGCGGCACCCUCGCCUACGUGGCCCCCGAAGUGCUUUCUCUCGAGGGUUAUAACCAGCAGGCAGACUUGUGGUCCAUUGGUGUCAUUACUUAUUUGCUGCUGCGGGGGCGGCUGCCUUUUCCCAUCAACAAACACUUGGGGUCCCCCCACUUCCACCAGACGUACCCGCUCAGCUUCGAGGGCCCGCUGUGGCGGCCCGUCAGCAGCAGCGCCAAAGACCUCAUUUGCCGCAUGCUAACUCCUUGCUGGCAGCAGCGAAUAACAGUGGAGGAGGCGCUGCAGCACAUUUGGAUUCGAAACCCCACAGCAGUCAUCAACGAGGCCAACAAAACGGACCCUUUCGACCACCUGAACCCUUCAGUGCAGCAAAUAGACCCGCAUGCACUUGCUGCAGCAGAUGGGGCCUCCACAUUUACCAUCCCCAACGCCCACAACAGACUUGCGCAGCAGCGCGCGCAGCAGCAGCAAGCCAAGACUGCUGCUGCUCCAGCUGCUGCAGCGGCGGCCGCUGCUGCUGCUCCGGCGACAGCAGCAGCUGCUGCUGUCGCUGCUGCUGCGGCUCCAGCUGCCGUGAAGGCGGCAGCAGAAACGCGAGAUAAAGACUCAACAGGAAACACACAAGCAGUUGCUGCUGCCGUUGCAACAACAGCAGCAGCAGCAGCAACGCAAGGCGCCAUUGCUGCAGCCGGCGCCAGCAGCACGCUGCCUCCAGCAGCAGCAGCAGCAACAGCGGCCACUGCAGCAGCAGCUGCUGCUGCAGAUGCCGCGCGCGCGUCGGCUGCUGCCGCGCAAGCAGCAGCUGUAGCAGACGAAAGCAGCAGCCGCUCUAAGCAAUCCCAGGCAGUCCAGCCCCAUGCAGCAGCAGCAGCAGCAGCAGCAGCAGAGCAGCACGAUGCUACUGCUGAGCGGCACACCCCAACGCCUGCUGCUCCUGCUGCAGGCGUUGCUGCAGAGACAGCAGCGACUGCGAAGGAGACAGCAAAAGCAGCAGCAGCAGCAGCACACUCCGCCGCAGCUGUGGCCCAGGCUGCGGCUGCUGCUGCUGCUCUGCAUGCAGCAGCAACAGAUGAAGCUUUUGCUGCAGUGCAGAGGGGACCCACUGGCGACAGUGGGGGCAAGAAACCCAGCCAGCUCGACCAGCAGCAGCAGCAGCAGCAGCAGCUGAACCCUGGUGCGUCUCCGGCUGCAGGCGCUGCAGCAGCGACUCUGGCAGCUGCAGCAACUCGAACCCCCACGCCAACAAGCGCUGCUCCUCCUCCAGCAGCAGCAGCAGCAGCAGCAGCGUUAGCAGCACCCGCAGCAGCGACAGCAGCACCGGCGAAACCACAAACAACAGCAACUGCGGGAGCAGCAGCAACGGGAGCUGCUGCUGGUGCUGCUGCUGCCUUGUCUGCAACAACAAGUGCUGCUAGCGCACCAUCUAGCAGCAGCAAACCACCAGGUAGCUGA